GCGGAAGAAAAACCUCCCAUCGCGAUGAAUCUAGUGCAUCCAAGACCAGUCGCAUGUAGGACAGUGAUGCAGGCCAUUGCGGACGCCCUACUAGUUGAGCGUAAAGUAACAAGUUACCCGCUACCACUUGUGCCGUUCUCGAAGUGGCUCGAAAAGCUCGAAUCAAAUGCCAAGGACUUGAGCAAAGAGCGCAUCCCUGCUAUCAAGCUUCUCAACUUCAUGCGUGCGAUCGCUCGAUCAGACAUCGCGACCAGGGCAUCUGGAGAGAUGGACAUUGAAGUGGCUGGAAUGGCUUCAUGCAUCCGAGUCACCGCCGUAACCGAGCGUGUCAGUCCAACGAUGAAGGAGCUGAAGUCAUUGUCUUCAGCAGACGCGGGGCAAUGGGUGGAUUAUUGGGUGGCGGCGGGGAUGUUUCAGUGA